AUGCGGUUUGCUUCAAGGAAGAAUGGAAUGAAGAAGACCCUUUGUCAAAGGAGGGGCAGACGUGGUGUGAAGGCACGAAAUAUGACCAUGAGGGUCAGAAGACCUCUACAAGGGACCUUCAGAAAGAAAAUCCGAUCGUAUGCCACUCAAUCGACGAAGCCAAAGAAAACAAGAAAAGCAAACCGAUUCUUCUCUGGCUGUGGACGCACGAAAUAUGACCAUGAGGGUCAGAAGACCUCUACAAGGGACCUUCAGAAAGAAAAUCCGAUCGUAUGCCACUCAAUCGACGAAGCCAAAGAAAACAAGAAAAGCAAACCGAUUCUUCUCUGGCUGUGGACGUAA